GAAAAAGAAACAGAGCACACAACACAACGCAAACAAAACCUUCUUAAAAGCAAUCUCUCUCUCUCUCUAGAUUCCAUUCUGUAUAAAUUCAACUGCCAAAAAAACUUGAACAAAUUUCAGAUUCUCUCUCUCUCUCUCUGCUUCCUUUCUUCGUUCCGGAGGGAUAUUGAUGCAAAAUUUUACCGGAGGAAGAAGGAGGCGGAAGAUCGAGCUUAGCUUAUGCACGAACAGUUUUCAAUCUGUUCAAUCUUCUGAUCUCGAGCUCGGUAACUGGAUCCGUCGCUGGGAAGAGAGAGAUUCUAACAAAAGUCAGCAGGACUGAAAAACCAGUUUGAUUAUACCGUACGUACCAACGAGCAAUGGACGAAAUGUAGCCUGGGUUAAGUAGACAUGGAGACUAGCGGUGGAGGAAGCUCCGAUGAGGGGCGCCGCAUAUUCAAGGCCGAUACAUGGUGUAGCCAAUUCCGUAAUGGGUCCAAUCCUUGGAUGGCAAGAUAUAUUUACGCUUUGAUGUUUCUAAUUUCGAAUUUGUUGGCGUGGGCUGUCCGGGAUUAUGGCCGUGGCGCCUUGACGGAGAUGGAAAGAUUAAAAGGAUGCCGCGGGGCGCGUGACUGUCUAGGUGCUGAAGGAGUUCUUCGUGUAAGCUUGGGUUGCUUUACAUUUUAUUUCACCAUGUUUCUUUCUACAACUGGCACGUCGAAGAUGCGAGGACACAGAAGUACUUGGCAUUCUGGAUGGUGGUCUGUGAAGAUUAUCUUAUGGAUUGCCUUCACAAUCAUUCCUUUUGUGCUUCCUGCCACCAUUAUUCGGCUAUAUGGGGACGUUGCACAUUUUGGUGCCGGGGUCUUUCUUCUGAUUCAGCUUGUAAGCGUGAUAAGUUUUAUAACAUGGUUAAAUGACUGUUGUCAGUCCGACAAGCCUGCAGACAGAUGUCAAAUACAUAUCAUGUUACUUGCAACAACUGCAUAUGUGAUCUGUUUAGUUGGGAUCAUUUCGAUGUACAUUUGGUAUGUGCCUCAGCCAACUUGCCUCCUCAACAUUUUCUUCAUUACGUGGACACUGGUACUACUCCAACUCAUGACCAGUGUCUCUCUUCAUCCAAAAGUGAAUGCUGGCAUCUUGACUCCCGGUCUUAUGGGGCUAUAUGUGGUAUUUAUUUGCUGGUGUGCCAUUAGAAGUGAACCAGGAGGAGGAAAGUGUGUCAGAAAUUCAGAGACCUCAAACAAAACGGACUGGCUAACCAUUAUAAGCUUUAUCGUUGCCGUACUCGCAAUGGUUAUCGCAACAUUCUCCACCGGCAUAGACUCCAAAUGUUUCCAGGUGCAGUUCAGGAAGGAUGACAAACAGGACGAGGAAGAUGAUGUCCCAUAUGGCUACGGUUUCUUCCACUUAGUUUUCGCCACCGGAGCAAUGUACUUUGCUAUGCUUUUGAUUGGUUGGAAUACACAUCAUCCCAUCAGAAAGUGGACAAUUGACGUCGGAUGGACAAGCACUUGGGUUCGGAUUGUGAAUGAAUGGCUCGCUGUCUGUGUUUACUUAUGGAUGCUGAUGGCUCCAGUGAUAUGGAAGAACAGGCAGAUGGUAGGAUCAGUAUGAGAGCUGAGCAGUAACACCUCAAAACAUUCAUUCAACGAGCGGCUCCAAAUUCCUCCAAUAUUCUAUUCUUUGCUGAUGCGAUCUGGAGCCACUGCAAAAUUCAGCUCAUGUAAUUUCCAAAAGCCUAUUUAUUUAGUUUUGAUUAUUGGAUUUGUUCCAUUUCUUAAUGCCACAAAAAAAGGCAUUGCCCCAUCUGUAAAUACGUAGCUUAUCAACCUUCAGGACCCAAAUUAUUAUUACAAAAAAAUAGAAGAUUCAAAAUAGUAGGACGCUUGAAAGUCUAAGCUUACCAAUUA